AGAGCUUUGAUCAUUUUCUAAAAUCUUUGUUUGUACUCUGCUAAAGACAGAAACACAUACACAUCUGGGAGACAAUGAAAAGAUAAUUUGCAUUUUUGUAUAGUUUAUUUUUUCCAGAACUCUGCAAAUAUGGUAAUAUGAAUCAUUCUGAAUGAAAAUGUAAAAAGCAUACAAAUUCAAAAUAGUCUCUUUUGUGACCUAAAACAGGUCUCUCACUUUUCACAAAAGUGUCCACAACCCAUGUUGCACAUUGUCUCUAAAUGCUGUAAAGCAGGUUGAAUUGGAAUCGGUUCAGUGGGCAUUUCCAUUACAAUUAGCAGAUGUUUGGAAAGUACACAGAGUGCAACCGUAGGAAAAAGUGAGUUCUCUUUCCAUUAUUAAGGAGUUUGUUUGGUAAGGACAAUGCUUUGACGUGUGGGAACAAUAACAGACUGAAGUGGGUCACUGUGUUGUAGCCAUUCAUUCUAAAUCUGCUGUGGUGCAAACUGUGUUCACAUAGUCAUGUGACCAUGAUCAUAACACACACACACACACACACACACACACACACACACACACACACACACACACACACACACACACACACACACACACGUAGUGUUUCCAUGUUUUUUGGGGACUUUCCAUAGACAUAAUGGUUUUUAUACUGUACAAACUUUAUAUUCUAUCCCCUAAACCUAACCCUACCCCUAAACCUAACCCUCACAGAAAACUUUCUGCAUUUUUACAUUUUCAAAAAACAUAAAUUAGUAUGAUUUAUAAGCUGUUUUCCUCAUGGGGACCGACAAAAUGUCCCCACAAGGUCAAAAAUUUCGGGUUUUACUAUUCUUAUGGGGACAUUUGGUCCCCACAAAGUGAUAAAUACACGCUCACACACACACACACACACACACACACACACACACACACACACACACACACACACACACACACACAGGUUUAAACAGCAAUAUAGACAUAUGUACCUUAUGGAUAUGUGCAUGAUUUUUUACAAAUAGUUUUUGUUAUUGAGCUAAAUCAGACAAAACCUCCUCAUCCUCAAGUAGAAAAUGGAGUCCGAAAUAAUGGCGCCUAUACUGUUUUUUAUCAAAUAAAAAAAUUGUCAUUUUUAGAGAUUAUAGUACAUACGAUUAGCUUUAUAUUAAAAAUAGAAGUCCUCAUUUAGGUUAAAUAGAUGUGCGUGUUUGUUUUAGUCCAUAUGUUUAGUCCAAGCUUAUGAAGUGAGCAUUACCUCACUAACAAAAAGUGAAAUACUUGGUAUUCUUUUAAGUUCCUUGUAGUACCAUGUCAAUUCUAAGAUACAUGAAUCAUAGUAGUAUAAUGUAGAAUUUCAUUGUGAGCUACUGUAGUGUUGCUAUUGCUAUGCUUAUUUUAGCAUAAUUGCUAUGCUAGCUUACUAGCUGUAGCUUAGCAGUAAUAGUUUGGCCAACAAUGCAACCAAUUUAUUUAUUUAUUGCUGUUUUUUGCUCUCGCUUUGAUUAGGAGAAGCUGAUUCCCGAUGAGUUCAAAUACCCAGAGCUCACUGGGGAUCACAUUUUAUUGUAAUAAGGAGGGAAACCACAGAUCACCCCUGGAAGUGCAAAUAAAUGUUAUUCCUCUUUAUUCCUGUCGGACGGCUAAGAGAUUUGCGAUAUUACAUGUGAGAAGAGGGCUUUGCCUAUUCAUAGCAUGAGGUUUUGUGUCAACCUGCUCAUGUCUGCUGAGACAAAGCAGGGUCAAAGUCCUGAUGGGUGUUAUGAAAGUUGUUUGUGUGGCCUGCCUCUGUGUUGUGUUAGAAAAAGAGAAGACCCUGCCUUUGAUUAUCUUAGCUGGUUUAAGAUAGUCUUUUCUGGUUGCAGUUGGUCUCCCAACCUGACCAGCUGAAAAGUCCCAGAGCCCUGUUAAAAACUAGCCUACAGAUAAGGCUGGGAGAUCAUCUAAGUGUAGCAAACCGACUUGGGCUAGUUUUAGCUGUUGAGAGGAGAGAAGAGAAGAGGGGACAUGGUGGCUUCCAUAAUUCAUCAGUCAUAAUAGGCGCAGUGGCCUGAGACCAUGCAGGAAACACAAUCCUAGUCAACACAAAGCUCCCUUAGAAACACUGCGCUGUCUCCAAGCAAAGACCUUGGAAUGACAGAUAUGAUUGCACCAGCGUGUAUUGUCUGUGCCACUGUGCAAACAUGCAUAGGAACAAAUUAAUUUGCGUAUGUAGCAUAUGUAUGUUGCAUUCAAAUUCCAACAACAGUCUGAAUAAACUCUUCUUUUUGGUACCAGUUUAGUUGAUCAUUAAAAUCAGCAUUGGUUGACACUGAUAUAGGUACCCAUUAUCUGAACUGGAGCUGCCACUGUUCAGCUCAGUAAGCUUUUUGUCAAUUAGUUAUAGGCCAUGACCAGCUAAUCUGUUUAAGUUUGAAAACUCUGUCAUCAUUUUCCAUCAUGGUAACAGAGAGCAUUUUUGAAAUGCUCAGUUUUUGGUGGAAGAAAACACCAUUCAAGUGUGGAUAAGAGGCAAAACAUUGAGAAAUAAAUGCCUUUUCAAGAGAAAAUGUACAAUGUAUUAGUGUGGAUGUAGCCAUAGUCUCACAUAGCCAGACUUUUAACAAUUGGCAUAAAGUCUAUUCCACUUUUGCAGAUUAUUCAGACAAAGAACUGCCCAGGAACCACCCAAAGCACCUUUCUUAGAAAGGAUGAGACCAUCUGACCAACAUGUUAAGCAAGCGAUCAGAGUUAUGUUUGUUUUUAUAUGUGGUUUAGGGAAGUGUUGGUCUGUGACUGACUGGACAGAAAGCACUUUAAAGUUAGCACACAUGAGUGUAAACUAAAAUUAAUAUGUAUAUUCAACUGACUUAUGGAUAUUUAGUUCCACACAAAACUCCAAACUUUGGCAAUUUCUGUAUUUUGUGGAUUAAUAUCAUAGGCUAACACAAUAUACUAGAUGACAAUUUUAUUCUAGUUAUAUAAUGGGAAUGAAAAUAAUCAAGGAUCAUUUGACUCAUCAACAACUAAAGCAGAAAUAAUGUAUGUGAAACUUUUCAGUGGAUAUUAUUCUGUUUUGUUUUGAAUCUUUUAGUGGCUUCAAUGGAAUUUGACGAAAGAUGGAGGCGCCUUAAGCCAUCUGGGACUGUUUUUUUUCAUCUUGAUACUGCCUGCUGUUUUUGUGCUUGUUUAGAUGCUGGUCGGGAGCUGCGGUAGCAGGCCGGGUGUGGACUAUAUUCUUGGGCAGAGACUCAAGCCACUGUUUCCUGAGUGUGGUUUUUAUGGGAUCUAUGACAAAAUCCUCCUCUUCAAGCACGACACCAGCAGCAAUAACAUCCUGCAGCUGGUCAAGGCAGUGUCCGACAUCCAGGAGGGAGAUCUGGUGGAAGUUGUUUUGUCCGCUGCUGCCACGUUUGAGGACUUCCAGAUUCGACCGCACACGUUAAACGUGCACUCGUAUCGUGCACCAGCCUUCUGUGAUCAUUGUGGUGAGAUGCUUUUCGGACUGGUGCGCCAAGGGCUCAAAUGCGAUGGCUGUGGGCUGAAUUACCACAAACGCUGUGCCUUUAGCAUUCCCAAUAACUGUAGUGGGGCAAGAAAGCGACGCUUGUCGACUACGUCUCUUACCAGCAGUCAGUCUCUGCGUCUGUCCACCACAGAGUCCCUCAGCAGCCUCAACAGCAGCGUGACAUCAGAGGAAGCCAGCCUUGUCCGAUCACACACACAUGCGCCCCGUACGGCCAGUGAGGCUAGACGCUAUUACACCGGGAGGCCUGUCAAACUGGACAAGAUGCUCAUGACUAAAGUGAAGGUCCCGCACACGUUUGCCAUUCACUCGUACACACGUCCCACUGUGUGCCAGUACUGCAAGAGACUUUUGAGAGGACUUUUCCGCCAGGGACUCCAAUGCAAAGACUGCAAGUUCAACUGCCACAAACGCUGUGCAUACAAAGUACCCAACGACUGUUUAGGGGAAACCCUUGGAGACAUGUUAAGUCCGAGCACAGACGCAGAGGUGCCGAUGGACUACAGCAAUGAGUAUUCUGAACAUGAUAAAUCUUCUCUGAUGGACGAAUCAGACGAGGCCAUCAGUAUCCCCGGGUCCUUCUCCCCCGACAGCAACCAGGACGGAGUCAGCGGCGACCAGAGUGCUAAUAUUCCUCUGAUGAGAGUAGUGCAGUCAGUCAGACACACCACUCGUCGCUCUAGCACAGCCAUCAAAGAGGGCUGGAUGGUGCACUAUAGCAACAAGGACACACUGAGGAAGAGGCACUACUGGCGCCUGGACUGCAAAUGCAUCACCCUGUUUCAGAAUGACACCACCAACAAGUACUACAAGGAGAUCCCUCUCUCAGAAAUCCUAGGGUUACGCCCGGCGGGUGACUUCUCUCUCGUACCUGCUGGAACAAGCCCCCACUGCUUUGAGAUUGUCACGGGCAGCAUGAUCUAUUUUGUUGGAGAGGACCCCAACCCCAUUCCCUCCCCCUUAUCCAGUAUAUCUGGCCUUCAUUUCUCUGCCACGCCCAGCAGCGUUGCACCCAAUAGUGGAUUGGGGCGGGAGUUCGCCAAAGGCUGGGAAACUGCUAUUCGUGAAGCCCUCAUGCCAGUAAUCUUCAAAGACAAUCCUCCAGCAGGACACACCCCUCAUCGGCAGGCAUCAGUCAGCAUCUCUGUGUCUAACAGCCAGAUUCAGGAGAAUGUGGACAUCUGGACAGUGUACCAGAUCUUUGCUGAUGAGGUUCUGGGCUCUGGACAGUUUGGUGUGGUGUAUGGAGGAAAACACAGGACAUCUGGCCGGGAUGUAGCCGUGAAGGUGAUCGAUAAGCUCCGAUUCCCCACCAAACAGGAGAGCCAACUGAGGAAUGAAGUGGCCAUACUGCAGAGCUUGCGACACUUGGGUAUAGUGAAUCUGGAGUGUAUGUUUGAGACUCCAGAGAAGGUCUUCGUGGUAAUGGAGAAACUUCAUGGUGACAUGCUAGAGAUGAUCCUGUCUAGUGAGAAAGGACGACUUCCUGAAAGACUCACCAAGUUCCUCAUCACACAGAUUUUGGCUGCUCUGAGACACCUUCACUUCAAACACAUUGUGCACUGUGACCUCAAACCUGAGAAUGUGCUGUUGGCAUCAGCGGAUCCUUUUCCACAGGUCAAGCUUUGCGACUUUGGCUUUGCUCGCAUCAUCGGAGAGAAGUCUUUCCGCCGCUCUGUUGUCGGUACACCAGCUUACUUGGCCCCUGAAGUUCUCCUGAACCAGGGUUACAAUCGCUCUCUGGACAUGUGGUCCGUUGGUGUUAUCAUGUAUGUCAGUCUAAGUGGAACUUUCCCUUUCAACGAGGAUGAAGACAUCAAUGAUCAGAUACACAAUGCCGCCUUCAUGUACCCACCCAACCCCUGGAAACAGAUCUCUCCUGAAGCUAUCGACCUCAUCAAUAAUCUGCUCCAAGUGAAGAUGAGAAAACGCUACAGUGUGGACAAGAGUCUCAGCCACGCCUAUUUGCAGGACUAUCAGACCUGGCUGGACCUCCGAGAGCUGGAGUCAAAGCUUGGCGACCGUUACAUAACCCACGAGAGUGAUGACAGCCGCUGGCAACAGUAUGCCCGUGACCACACACUGCCCUACCCUCCUCACCUGGUGCCACCACCGCCUGCCUCAGACGAUGAUGAGCAGGAAGGUGCGGAGGACGCAGAUAUGCAGGGGCUGACAGAGCGCGUAAGCAUUCUUUGAAGAAAAAGAAGAGGAAGUCGGCUAGAGGGAUGAAGAGUGCCUGCCAUGACAUUAGGAAUUGUUAGUGCACCAAGAGCGUAGAAUGGAGUUAGUUAUGGCAGAAUGGGGUCCUGUCCAUCCAUUUUCCUAUCCAUCAACAGGCCCUCUGACCUUUGAACAUUCCCCAACCAGAACUUUGCUCGAACUGGGAUGCCAAAAUUUUAAGGUCAGGGAUGAACCGUUUUGGACCCUAGCAUUGGCCUUGACUCAGACACAAGGUCAUACAGUUGACUUUAAGUUUCAAAACGAGUGUAUCAGUUGCGAUACAAAAUGCAGAGAGAAAUGUGUUCUGUAGAGUUGCUGGAAAUCCCUGUUUUGAUUUACCUUUAUCAUUUCUUGCAAUGACAUUUACAUUCAUGCAUUUGGUGGAUGCUUUUAUACAAAGUGACUUACAGUGCAUUCAGGCUACACAUUUGAUCAGGCCUUGCAUUCCCUUGGAAUCUAACCCAUCAUGGGUUUCUUGAUAAACCGAGCUACUGGAACAUUUACUGAAACCCCCUUUAGUUUCAGAUCCAGUUCUUAUUCACUUUUUCUUCAAAUGUAACCUGGUGAGCUUGGUGGUUUCCAGUAUAAUUUCAUCAGUUUGCCAUGCAGGUGUAUGGAGGACGGAUAAGCCUUAUCACCAUACGCUGUCCGAAAGACAAACUGAGAGCACAAAGACUUUCGACAGUAGACUGUUCUCAGAUCAGCUACUAUUGGCAAUGGGUGAAAGGGCUAUUUCAACUCAUCUUGGUUAUUCUAAUGGAGCUGUAUUCGCCUGGGCCUGGGCAUUAGGCUGCAUGUUACUGAGAAUUAGGUUUGCUUGAGACUUAUUUUCAUGAAGGACUAUUUUGUACACAUGUAACCUUGUAAACAAGUAUGUUGAUUAAUGGAAGGGAAUGUCAGAACAUUUUCAGCAGGUAUAAUAAAAAUGGUGAAGCAGAAAUAUGUGUA